AUGAAGAAAUUCAAGAGGAUUAUAGUAGAUUUUGGAAGCCGAACUGGACAAAAAGUUAAUGAGAAAAAAUCUAUUAUCCUGUUUGGAAAAUCUGUGAAGAAGAAUAGGAGGAAGGCAAUAUCAAAGCUUUGGAAUUAUAGAAUUGUUAAUGAGUUCAACUAUCUUGGGAUCAAGAUGGCUCUUAUAAGAUUGGUGGCUUCAGAUUUUAACUAUAUUCUAGAGAAAGCUGCUAACAAAUUAAAUGUUUGGGGUAAGCAAUCUAUUUCUCUAGCCCGAAGGCUAAUGUUGGUUAAAUCAGUAAUGGCUGCAUUACCAAUUUUUAUGGAUGCUCACUCAUUGGUUCCAAUGAGUAUCUUAAAAGAGUUGGAUAAAGCUUGUAGAAGCUUUAUUUGGGAUAAACAAGGAGGUAUCCACGGUUUACACUAUGUGACUUGGGACAACUUAUGCAAGAGUUUGAAGGAAGGAGGCCAUGGUGUGUAUUUAGAGGUCAACAUUGCUAGUCCUUUAAGGACUAAAUUUACAUGGAGUUUGGUGAAAAAAGAAGAAUCAUUGUUGAACAAGGUUCUAAAGGCAAAAUUUGGAAUGAAGAUUUGGGAAACUUCUAGUAAUAGCAAUAGUUCUACUUCUUUGAAAAUCUUGUCAAGUGGAGCUCAAUUUCUACAUAAAAUAUCAAGAUGGAAAAUUGCAUCAGGUAAAGCCAUUAACAUUAUGAAAGAUGUUUGGAUCCUUGAUAAGAGGCUAGAUAGAUGGCCAACCUUUAUAGUGGUGGGAAAUUCUAAUUUUCCUCCUCUUGAAUCUUUUCUUAAUAAUGGUGUGUGGAACAAAGUACUUCUCCUUGAUUUAUUUGGAAAGUCUCUGGUUGAAAUUAUUACCCAAAUUCCAAUUCAUCCUGAGGUGGGUGAUGAUGAUUUAGAACUGAUGUACAAUUUUUCAGGGAAGAGUAUCACAGCUUUGGUUUUAUCUUCUAGUGAUAAGGAGAUUGUGGAGGUGGAUUAUGGGAGCUGGUUAAGAAAGCUAAAACUAAAUCUCACUAAUGCUUUUUUUAUGUACCAAAGGUUUCUUGGGCAUGACUCAUGUCCUAGGGGAUGUGAUGGUGAGGAAAAUUCUGAACAUGUAAUGGUGAAAUGUUUGAAAAUUUAA